AUGAACACCUCGACAUCUUUCGAAGAGCUUUUGGCUCUGCAAACACAGAAGAUGAGUUUCGUAUCACGGGCGCUCAUCAAUUACAAGAAGCUGGGGCAAGCCAAAAUGACACCUGCGGUGACACGUCAACGUCUCGUCACCUUGAAGGAAGCCUUUGCCACUUGCCAGGAGCUCGACAGUCGAAUCGGGCUUCAUGCGGACGAUGACGACAAAGCAUCGCAUACCUACUUCACAAAGAAUUCGUUUCUGGAAUGUGAGGACUGCUACAACGAGGCUGCCGACUACAUGGCUGAGGUAUUAGAGAGCUACGAAUCCCGCAUCCCUCCCGCUACAUCAUCACAAAACGUAAGUGGCUUGCAUGAUGUUUUCCGACCCGCGUCGCAUCUUCCGAGGAUCAACCUACCGACCUUCGACGGGAGCAUCGACAAGUGGGAAAGCUUUCGCGAUAAAUUCCAGUCGAUGAUUCAUAAUGAUCCUAGUUUGUCAAAUGUCGAUCGCUUACAUUAUUUAUGCUCAUGUGUAAAAGGGGAUGCAAGUAACGCGCUUGACCACCUCGCGGUAACCAAUAAUAAUUUCGACGUCGCGUGGAGAAUUCUAGUCUCUCGGUACGACAACAAACGUCGUCUUGUUACAACGCAUUUACAAUCGCUGUUAAAUUUGCCGUUACUGACCACAGAAACCGCUCAUGACCUUCGUCAGCUUCGCGACCAAACAAACAAAGCAAUCCAAGCGCUUAGAAAUCUCAACCGUCCUGUCGAACAUUGGGAUGAUUUGCUUGUUUUGCUCGUCGCACAAAAACUCGAUAAAUACUCGCGUAAAGCUUGGGAACUCAAGCUCGGCGAUACGGUGGAAUAUCCGCGUUAUAAUGAGCUCGAUCAAUUUCUUGAGUCUCGAAUUCGCGCUCUCGAGGCGAUCGUACCACUUUCUAAAGAAAAACCAUCCUCUACCUCUAAAGGAAAAAUUCUUGUGUCGCAUACCGCGUCCACCGUUUCGUUCGCAUGUCCGUUGUGCAAGGCCAAUCACUUAUUAUACCAAUGUUCGACAUUUUUAAAGCAAACACCCUCUCAACGUUUCGAUUUUAUUAAGCAGCGAAAACGAUGUUUAAACUGUUUUAGUAGUAAGCAUUCCGUCAAAGAUUGUUCGAAUUCGCGCGUAUGCCGCCAGUGUAAUAAACGUCAUCACACGUUAUUACAUUUCGAUAAUUCGACUCCGCCGGUGCAAACGGAGUCACCGCCAGCAACAAGCGCAAAUGUAAACGAAGUCAUGUCGCAUUUACUAUCGAAAACCGUCGCGCCUAAUUCUAAUAUUUUGCUUGCGACUGCCCGGGUGAGAGUCUAUUCGCCUGUUGGACGUUUUAUAACUGCACGCGCACUUCUGGAUCAAGGUUCCGUUUCUACGUUUAUUACCGAAUCGCUCGCGCAACGUUUACGACUCUCUAAAAUAAAUCGUUCAAUGUUCGUCACCGGCAUCAGCGAGAUGCAAUCCGUUGUCCGUCACGCCGCUCAUCUUACAAUUACGCCGGCGAAUCGCGACGAACCCGCUUAUUCAACGACCGCACUCAUUCUUCGAUCGUUGACAAAAUAUGUACCGAAUCGAAUAAGCACGACGGGUACGUGGAACCAUGUCGACGGACUCCAAUUAGCGGAUAGUGACCCCAUGAGUACCGACCCGAUUGAUAUGAUAAUCGGAGCGGAUUUAUACGGCAUGCUCGUACUCGAUGGUGUUCGACAAGGUUCCGAAACGGAGCCCACCGCGCAAAAUACUACUCUCGGUUGGAUUUUGUCCGGGCCAAUCGCUUCGUCCCCGACCAAUCUUUCGAUUUUUGAGACCGCGCAUCACGGAGUCGUCCUUGAAGCGUUAGAUUUCGACCUUCGUCGUUUCUGGGAGACUGAAGAGGUCCCUCAGACCCAACAUCAUAGCCCUGACGAGCGCAAGUGUGAAGAGCACUUUCUCGCUACCCAUUCCCGCACUCCUCAAGGACGCUAUAUUGUUAGAUUACCGUUUAAAACCGGACCACCACUCUCGUUAGGAGAAUCUCGCUUCAUUGCCGAAUCGAGCCUCUAUCGCUUAGAGCGACGUUUCAAACGCAAUCCAUCUAUCGCUUCAGAAUACCACGACUUUCUCAAGGAAUACGAAAACCUUGGUCAUAUGAUCAAAAUUCCACCGACAGAAAUUGUCCAACCGGAUCAAAGUUAUUACAUACCGCAUCAUGCUGUCUUACGUGACAGUAGUGCAACUACUCGACUGCGGGUUGUUUUUAAUGCAUCCUGCCGUACCACUAACGGAACCUCGUUAAACGAUAAUAUGUUUAUCGGACCUAAACUUCAAAAGGAUUUGGCCGCUGUCAUAAUGCAGUGGCGCCAAUAUCGUUACGUAUUUACCGCCGAUAUCGCCAAAAUGUAUCGUCAAAUUUUAGUUGACUUCCGCGAUACUGAUUACCAGCGCAUUCUAUGGCGCUCUUCUCCCAGCGAACCUGUUCGCGACUACCGUCUUCUUACCGUGACGUACGGCACUGCCGCCGCUCCGUAUCUCGCUCUUCGAGUGCUAGACCAACUCGCUGAAGAUGACGGUGCUCAAUUUCCGUUGGCCGUCCCUGUUCUACGUCAUCAAACAUACGUUGAUGAUUGCGCGUUCGGAGCCGACGAUCAUAUCCUUGCACGGCAAACACGAGACCAAUUAAUCGCGCUUCUCGCUAAAGGAGGCUUUCGCCUACGAAAGUGGGCAAGUAAUUCUCCAGAUCUUUUGUCAGACCUCGAUCCUGCCGAUCAUGGACUAGCCACUCACAAAGUCCUCCAAGACGAUGAACACCUUAAAGUGUUAGGAUGGGACGACGACAUUCCGGGUGAACAUUUCGACCACUGGGCAACUUAUCAUCACCAACUACCGCAUCUCGAGACGCUCAGUAUUCCGCGUUGGACGACGCACGGAUCUCAUACUCUGCACAGCGCACUCCAUGGCUUUUCCGAUGCCUCAACUAUGGCUUUCGCAGCCGUUGUUUACCUUCGCGUUGUUAAUGUCGACGGCUCAAUUAACAUCUCUCUUCUCAUCGCAAAAUCGAAAGUGGCUCCCCUCAAGACGAUAAGCGUUCCCCGAUUGGAAUUGUCGGCGGCGCUCCUUCUCGCUCGGUUAGUUAAUUAUGUGCGGUCCGCUCUUCAACUUCCGAGUAUCGAAUGUCACUGUUGGACCGACUCAACCAUCACACUCGCUUGGCUAAGUCAGUCUCCAUCUCGAUGGAAAACUUUCGUUGCCAAUCGCGUUUCGAUCAUUCAGUCCUUGCUGCCUGAAGUUUCUUGGCGUCAUGUUCCAACGCAGGACAAUCCUGCCGAUUGUGCUUCUCGCGGUCUAGCUCCCCAUGCUCUCGCAAAUUAUAAUUUAUGGUGGUCAGGUCCUUCAUGGCUUUGCCAAUCUCCAGAAUCCUGGCCGACUUGCGAGCUCUCGAUACCAGCCGAGACCGCCCUUGAACAGCGUUCUCAACCACCUAUUCAUUCUUUACAUGUAACCCCUAGUUGGGAUCUCGCAUCACGUUAUUCUUCGUGGCCUCGAUUGCUCCGAAUUACCGCUUAUCUUUACCGUUUUCUUUAUCGACUCCGAUCCUCUAAAAGCGCAUCGUCUUCACAAGCGAUCCUCCAUCCCGAAGAGAUCCAGAAAGCCAAACAUUACUGGCUCCGAGUUAUGCAAUCCGAGAUGUUUUCCGUUGAAAUCUCGACUUUACAACGGCAACUUCCGUUACAAAAAACUAGUUCCUUAUCCACACUCAAUCCUUAUUUAGACGCUGACGGACUUCUUCGCAUCAGAGGACGGCUCCGUCAUGCUUGCCUUUCAGAAACGACGAAGAAUCCGCUCGUAUUACGAGCACAUCCAUUGCUAGUUCUUAUUAUUCAGCAUCAUCAUCUCAGAACGUUACAUGCUGGUCCCCAAUUAACACUCGCUUCAUUACGUAAUGAAUUUUGGAUCCUCCGAUCUCGCGCUACCGUUCGUGCUGUUCUGUAUCAGUGCGUACAAUGCACUCGUGAGCGCGCUAAAAAACCUGUCGAACUCAUGGGCGAUCUACCGGAGGCGAGAGUUAACCGUGCCGCUCGCGCAUUUAUACAUACUGGCGUUGAUUACGCUGGACCAAUCACUGUCCGAACCGCGCCCGGCCGAGGACACAAAUCGCAAAAGGCUUACAUUGCGCUGUUCAUAUGUUUAACGACCAAGGCUAUGCAUUUAGAACUUGUUUCCGAUUACAGCUCGCCGACCUUUAUUGCAGCGUACCAGCGAUUUGUCUCCCGCCGAGGACUACCGCAGUCCAUGUACUCAGACAACGGUACAACCUUUCAUGGCGCUAAUCGAGAAUUAUCCGAAGCUCACGCGAAAGCAAUUCGCGAUCCAAGCUUUCGUAAUCGUCUCGCUAGCGAUGGAACUGCGUGGCAGUUCCUACCCCCGGCCGCACCACAUUUCGGCGGACUGUGGGAAGCCGGGGUCAAGAGCGUCAAAUACCACAUAAAGCGUUGCAUCGGCCUCCAUACAUUAACUUUUGAAGAAAUGACCACGUUUCUUUGUCGCAUUGAAGCUUGCUUAAACUCUCGUCCGAUCGCUCCCGUCUCCGAUAAUCCUGACGAUUAUCACGCGUUAACGCCUGGUCAUUUCUUGAUCGGUACCUCUCUUCUCGCUCCCGCCGAACCAAGCGUGCUUGAAUUUAACGAGAAUCGAUUGUCGCGUUGGCAAAUGAUUCAACGUCUGACGGAAGAGUUUUGGCGGUCCUGGUCAAGCGAUUACUUGCAUUCUCUUCAACAACGCCCAAAAUGGCGCGUUAUCCAGCGACUUGCCAAAGUUGGCCAAAUAGUCCUAGUGCGUAAUCCCUUGGCUCCGCCCAGCCAUUGGGACCUUGGACGAAUUGUCGCCUGUCAUCCAGGAGAAGAUGGCCUGACGCGCGUUGUCACGGUCAAAACCUCCCGUUCUGAAUAUAAACGACCGAUCGUGAAACUAUGCUUCUUGCCUGUUGCGAUUAAUACCGAAGAAGUAAAAGAUUCCGUUAUGGCGGGCGGAAUCUCGUCUUAA